GACCCCCGUCUCCGACCAGCCAUCAUGGUUGUGUGUUAUAGAGUUGGGGGAGAGACAACAGUGUAGUCCGUCUGCUGUAUCCGAGGAAGUUUUCCCUUGGAGCGAUGAUGUAAUUUAAUUAAUUUAACGUGAUUCGAAGGUAAAUGUUGAGUAGAAAUAGCCCAACGAAGCAGUGACUCCGUCUGAGGAGGCUGAGUGUCGCGGGACCCCCGUUUGGAACCGAGGCGGUAGAAGAUACCGAAGGGACGACGUGAAAUUUCGUGUGUCGAUGGAAGAGGACAGCCAUUGGAGAUCGGACUGAACCCCCGAGGAAUGUGUUGAAAGCAGCCUCACACUCAAGAAAACUUGUGUUGUAGUCAUCAUAAUGAAUGGAGAGUCGGGAGAUUGCAACACUCCUGUCCGGCGCUCAUCCCGUGCCCGAAAACCUAAUUCUCGCUUUGCUGAGGAUGAGUUAGAUGGUUGCAUUAAAAAGAUUGUCGCUGGUGUGUCAACUUCAGACAUCACUGGUUCUGUGAGUGGUACACCUACACGACAGAGGAAACUUGGUAAAAAAAGGGAGAGUGAGUGUGAGGAUACUGAUGAGAGCACACAGUCAUCUAAAGAAACUGUUAACAUUGCAAGCACUGUAUCUCAGACCCCAAGCACAGCUAAUGAUUCAGUAAAUGGUCUUGGGGAUGAAAACGAAGCUCAUUCUGACAGUAUGGGUAGGUCAAAAUCCUCCCAAGAAAAGCCCCAGGAGAGAAGAACACGGAGCAAUGCAAGGAAGGAUAACUUGGAAAGUUUGCCCCCAGAGGAAAAGAAACGUGGCAGGAAGGGAACCAAAGGGAAAAUAAAAGGAAGCACAGAAGAGAAAGUAGAAAUUGAACAGACUGUAGAAUCAGACACUUUAAAAAGGGAUCAUUUAUCACAUAGUACAGAUAAAGAUAAGUCAUGCACUGAGUUGUCCAAGGCAUCUGAUAUAGUGGAGGCCAGCAGUCAUAGUGAGUCUUCAAAACUAAAAAACACAGUUGACAGUCAAGUAACUGAUGAGAAGAUAGAUUUAUCUGUUCAUUCUUCAGGUAAGGACAGACAAAAAGGAAAACAUGUCAAGAAGUUGGAUCUUGCAUCUGGUAAUACUGAAAAAGUGUAUGAGGUAGACGACAAAGGAAUGAAAGUUGAGCAGAAAGAGGUUGUCACACCGUAUAAAAAUGAUGAUGAAUUUAUGGAUAAAGAGAGGAAGGAUGAACGUAAGUUGUCGCCAAGUACAUUGAAUGUUAGUGAUGGAGUAGUGCCGAGUUUUGGGAACCAAUCAGCAAUUGAAAUGAAGGGUGAUGUAAUUCAGAACGUAAAAUCAAUCAAGACAGACGUGCAGUAUUUAGUUGGAUCUGGAGAAAAUGAGGAAUGUGUAAAUUCUCACUUGAAGAUGAAAGAAGAGCAGCAUAGUUCUAAAGAUGAGGUUAUUAAAGAAAUGUCUUUGGAGCUAAAUCCAAAUCCACGAAAAGUUGAUUUUUCAGAAGCUGAAACUUCCACUCCUCGUGGGCAAUUUGACUCUGCUGUUACAAAAGUUUGUACCCCUCAGCGUCGUCAAACACGUUCAGUCUCUGCAGAGAAUGAAGCUUCAAGUUGCAGGGCCCAGUCCAAUUCAUCAGUUGUUGAAUCUGUUUCUUCACAGCUUAGUGGAAUUUCCUCAUUAGGCAGUGAAACUGAAGUGGGUACAAGCAGUUUGGAGAAUAAGACUUCCUCUCCUAUGAGGAGAAGAGGUAGGAGUGCCAAACUGACUUCAAAGGAAAAUGUUAAAACUGUUCAUGAAGAGAAGUUACAAGUGGAAACAUCAAAUAUUCCAGAAAACACCAGAACUAAGGUGAACACAUCUGGUGCUUCCCUCAUACCCUCAGUUCAAGAUCCUCCUUUGGAGCUAAAAGCGCGAAAAGAAAUUGAUAAAGUUGAAAUUGCUCCCCCUCCUCAAAGUUCACAAGAAACAGACAAAGAAAAACUAAGGACGAUUGGAGAGGCACAAGGUGACUUCAAUGAAAAAGCCAAAGAAGGUUUAGUUUCAAAAGGAAAAAGAAAUAGAACUGAGCAGAGCAGUGAUGCUGAAACUGAGGAAAGUGGACAAAAUAUAGAGGGAUUACCAUUGCAUAAAAAGAAGCGAGAUAUGCCUGUCAGUAAUUUAGAUUCAAACCAGGAAGGCGAUCUCAAACGGAAACGUCAGGAUGAACAAGAUGAAGAACAGAUGCAAAGGAAAAGAAGGAAAAGUGAUGAUAGUUUGUUUAAUGUUACAGAAAAGAAAGAAACACCCAGUGAUGCUAAUCAGGAAAUAGAAAAUCUACCUGGUUUGGAGUGUCAGGAUACAGAUGUGUUUAGAGAACAGGGAGGGUCCACUAAGCCAGAUAUGAUGUUUACGGGAGAAAGUUCUAGCGCAUCAGAUGCAUUGAAAACUGUGAAGGAGAAAAAAAUAUCAGUUGAAAGUAAGUCAGGCUCUGAAAGGCAUGUCAAAAGAGGUCAGAAUGAAUCACUUAGUGCUGAGAAACUGAUGCCGGAUAUUCAAGAAAGAAGGCAGAGCUCUGUGGGUAGUAUUCUAAGUCUGUUGAAACGUCCAGAUGUUACCAAGAAACUAGAAAGUAUGAGUAGUAGCAAAAAUUAUAAGGUUGAUUCCAAGUUUUUGGAAAGUAAGCGGCAGGAUGAUAAAAACUGGAGGAGGGAUGACCAUGACUCCUCUGGAAGAGAUAAAAUGAAAGAGGAAAAGGAGUGGAAAGCAUCAGAGGAAAAAUUAGAAGCCAAAUAUGAUGACGACACCUGCAGUCAAGAACAUCACACCAGUGGUCAUGAAGAUGACUCAACAAAUGUUGAAGAGGGAAAAAAUUCUUCAGCUGUUGAAUGUGGAGAUGUAUCAAAAAAAGAUGAUGAUUUAGGUGGAAAUAUAACAUGGGACAGUAUAAAAGACAUGACUCCUCUUAUUCCAAGUAGCUUUGCAACCAAGAAAAAGAAGACAACCAAGAGCACCUUGGAAACAAACACUCCAAAACUAAGUGAUUCACAUGGUAAGGCAACAGAUGAUGAAACCAACUUAGUUGAGGAAAGAAGGAAUAGUUCGCUAGGAAACAUCUUGAGUUUUUUGAAACGGGGCAAUCAGUCAGGCACACCACCUAAGCAGGAUGAUGUGAAGAGCAAGGAAGACGACAGAAUUUCCCCAGAAACCACUGAGGGUAAAAUUUUCAACUUUGUUGAGUCUACAAGAAAAUCUUCUCUUACAAGAGAUGAAAGUUACAAUUCAUUUGGUAAGCAAGAAAGUAAUCCAUCUCAAAAUAAGACUCAGCCUAAACCUAAGACCCGAGAAAGAAGAGUAUCUAGGUGGUCUGCUAGAGAAGACACUGUGGAAACAUCUGGGAGUCAUUGGGAAAAUGCACAAAGCUACCAAAAUAGCUCUGCUUUAACUCUGCAAAGUAGCAGUGGUAGAAGUAAUAAAUGGUCAGAGCAACAAAACACUGGAGUUCCUUCUUAUAGUAAGUGGGAGGAUUUACCUUCAGAGCAUCAUCCUCUAGUAGCUGGUAGGAAAGAAAAUGAUAGAGGAACUUGUGUAUCAGAUAACAUCGUUGUCAGUAAGCCAUACAAUACUUGGAAUGAACAGGGCUCGUCCUGGAAAAAUUGGAGCCACAACCAAAACCAAGGGGAGUUUGAAUCUUCAGACAAGAUCUAUGGGACUGAAAGGCUAGAAGAUAAAUUUAGGGAGUCUGAUAAAGAUACUAAGGAUAGUACCUCAGAUGAUGAAAACUUGGACUUUGGGAAUAGGGAGGGAAUUUCAGAGUUCAUCGAGUCCUAUGCAGAUGAGUUGGAUCAGUCGGGAGAGGAAGCAUUGUCAAGUAAUAGUCAACCACAUUAUCUCGGUGAAAUGCAAGCACCAUCUGAAAACCAUGAGUCGUCUUGGUCUUCAAAGGAUGAGAGGUCAUUGUCUCCCACAAGAGAAUCGUACAUGCCAAGUGACAAGGAAUUAAAUUCUCCACCUCGGGAGAGAGUUUGGUCUCCACGUAGCAGUGAAAUUGUUUUGUCUCCUAAGAGUCGAGAGCUAAUGUCGUCGCUAAUGAACAUGGAAGUUAAAUUAACACCUCAGAUGCAAGAACUUGUGUCAUCACAGAAUGCAACUGAUUCCGUCCUUUCACAAGAUUUGCAUCAUUACCCUGGUAAACAUGAUGUUAUCAGCAUUCCUUUACCAAGUGAAUCUGAACUUCCAGCUGGAAGAAAGGAAAGGACUGGUGGUAGUGUAUAUGGUAAGACAGAAUUUCCUCCUAAAUGUUCUGAAACUAAUCAGCAAAUCAUAAGUGUUGUAAGAGGUGUAAGUCCCCAAGAAGAAACUAGAAAUAGUUCUCUUGAAAGUAGCUGGAGAAAUCCACCUAGCAGACAUGAUCGACCUUCUGCAGGAAGGUAUGAUGCAAAAAGUGAACAUAUGAAAGAUUUUGAAUCUGUUAAAGAUGAGGAAGACAGAGAUGAACACUUUGAAGUCAGAAGCAGCAGGAUAGAAGAAAUUCACGAUGACAAAGAAAAUCUUGAACCAAAACUAGAAGAGAGAGAUUUUUCAGAAGAUGAAAAACUCGAGUAUCAAAGGAAAAUUCAGAGAGACAUAGAAGCGAAAGAGGAGAGAAACAAAAUUGUUGUCGAACAACGAAUGAAUCUGUUUGGUCAAAUUCAAGAAAAUUUAUACCUUAGUGAUAGAAAGAAGUCAAAAAGAAGUAAGGAAGUAAGGAGAAUGGUGUGUGACUGCUCUCUCACGAAAGAGGAAAUUGCUCGUGGUGAAGUGGGCUGUGGUGAAGAUUGUCUCAACCGACUGCUUAUGAUAGAAUGUGGUUCAAGAUGUCCACUUAGAGAGAGAUGUACAAACAAGAGAUUCCAAAAUUAUGAGUAUGCAGAUGUAGAAGUCUUUAAUGCAGGAGAUAAAGGAUGUGGGAUUCGAGCUUGCAAACCAAUACCUGCAGGAACUUUUAUCAUGGAGUAUGUAGGUGAGGUCUUUGAUUCCCGUGAGUUUAAAAGACGAAGAAAAGAGUAUUCCCGUAAUCUCAGUGCCCAUUUUUAUUUCAUGGCACUUAAGGGUGAUCUCUUUAUUGAUGCAACCAGAAAAGGAAAUAUAUCAAGAUUCAUCAAUCACUCGUGUGAUCCUAAUGCUCAGACCCAAAAGUGGACAGUCAAUGGUGAGCUCAGAGUUGGCUUCUUUGCUCAAAAGAUGAUUGAAGUCGGGGAAGAAAUCAAUUUUGAUUAUCGAUUAGAACGUUACGGCCGUGAACCACAAAAAUGUUACUGUGGGACUGCAAUAUGCCGUGGUUGGCUUGGUGAAUCACCUGAUGAAAAAACUAAAGAAGAAAAAGAAGAGGAGAAAAGACAGGAAAGAGAUAGAAGGAAACGAGAGGAGAAACGGUCGUAUGUCGAAGACGUUGAUCUUGAAGAUGAGAUAGAGAAACUUAAUGCCAAAAAGUUGAGAACACGACAGGAUAUCCUUAAUUUGUGUCGACUAAUGGUUAGAGCAGAUAAUUCCAAUUCAAGAGUAAUGCUCCUUCGUCUUGUCCAGUGCAGUACCUCGGCUUGCAAAAGGCUCUUUAUGGAUUAUCAUGGGCUUUCUCUUCUUUGGUCCUGGAUGGCUGAUUUAGGCUAUGCCUAUGAGCAUGCUUCCAUCAAGAUUGACAUACUGAAGACACUUGAGUGUUUGCCAAUCACCAAUAAGACGCAGUUGACUGACAGUCGUGUACUUGGAGUAGUUGAACGAUGGAGCACCCAGUCAGUUGAAGUGCCGAUCUCCGGUUCUCCCCCACCACCACCACCACCCAGACCUGUUGGGUGUGUUUUAAUGAAUGUUGAUUCUGAUUCUGGGAAGAAAUUGAGUGACACGAGUGAGGACUCAGAUGGUGAAAUGGAUGCCAAACCUGUUUCAGCAGCAAUAGAUUCUUCAAGUGUGGACGACAUCAGCAUGGACUCCGUUGAUGUAGAACAGGAAGCACUGAAGGGUAAACCCAGUUGGAAGGAGUUAGCAGAAGAUGAUAGUAGUGACUCAAAUCUCAGUGAUGAGAAAAAGAGUGCAGUGGAACCAGGGGAAGGGGAUACAGCUGCAGCAGCUACCCCACAGGAUGAAGUUGUCUCUCGAGAACUCCUCAUCCUUCAUGGAAGUAUGGUGGAAUUAGCUAAUAAACUUCUGGAACAGUGGAAGGAUUUGAAGGAAUACUUCCGCAUACCCAAGAAGGAGAGGAUUGAAUUGAUGAAAGAGCACGAGAGGGAAGUCGAGGAAGAAAUCAGGGGACUAGACAAGGAUCGAAAAGAGAAAGACAACUUUUCUUCACCUUCCAGGUAUAGGCGAGACUUUGAUAGGAGACGUCGGUCUCCUGACCGAGAAAAAGAAAAGGACAGAUACAGUAGGAGAUCAAGUAGAGGGGAUAGAGAUUCAAGAGAAGAUCGAUCAUCUGAUUCUCCAAAAAUGUCCAAGGAACAGAGGAGACAACUUUUUGAAAUUCAGGUGCAGCAAGAAGAGGAGGCCAAACAACGUAAAAUGCAGGAGGAAAUGUGGGCUAUGCAUGUAGAUCGCUGUCGACUUCUUGGACAAGACCCUUACCUUACACCUAUUUUUGAUCCAACUUGUCAGUACUAUUGGGAUCCAAACACUGCAUCAUGGCAGCCAUAUAAUGGAACAGAGCCAAACAUACCAGUACCAGCAGCAUAUGGGUUUCGUCCAAGUGAGAGUGGAGAUGGUUCUCCUAUGAUUGUUGGGAUGCCUCCUGGUCAUGUCAUUGCAUCUCAAACAAUAGCUGGCCAUGUUGCACCUGAUAGUGAAGCAGCCACACCAAAUUAUGAUGAUCCAAGAAUAGAUCCAGCGACAAUUCCUCUUCCUGGGGAAGUUAGACAGACCUCUCCAACCCAGCCUCUUCCUUGUCAAGCAGUACCUGUUGAAGGCACUCCUCCUCAGGGUGCUCGGGUGCUUACCUUCCCAGUGCCUGCAGAAGCUAGUGUUGCAGUGACUCCAGCAACGACCAUGCCUGUUAAUUUAGGCACCAGUGCUCUUGCUGUACCUUUUGUGGUAGGUGAGGAGCCACCACCACCACCUCCAGGACCAAUUACUAUACAGUUGCCACCACGUUGGAAAAUGGCAAGAGACUCUGAAGGUCAUGUUUACUUUUAUCAUGUGAAGAGUCGAACCAGCCAGUGGGAACCACCGACUCUUGAACAGCACCAGCAGUUGGAGGCAGAAAUGGGGACAGAUUCGGACUCCAAUGAUUCGUCAUCUUCAGAUUCAGACUCGACCAGUACUACUGAUAGCGAAGACUUCUCUAGUGAUGAGGAGGAGGAGGAGGAGGUGGUGAAGGUCACUACGGUCGAGAUUGGUGAGUUAUGCGAUGAGAAGAUGAUCCGUCGGCAUCGAGCAAAGAAACCGCGAUCAGAAGCACUGGUGCAGGAACGAGUGAUCAGUCCUGUUUUGGAAAUGGAUAAGGAAGCAGCAAGACGUGAGCGACGGGAAGCAAAAGAAAGAGCACAGAAAGAAUUGCGCCAAGAACGCCAAGAAGAUAGACUGCAUGACCCGUGCCCAGAUGUUCUAGAUCCAAAUGAGGAAAUUGAACCACUAAGUGAAAAAAUUCAGAGACUGGAAAGAUCAGAAGCUGCCAUGGAAAAGGAAAGACAUGAGUAUCGGGAAAAGUCCAAGAUGCGUGAAAAGAUCAAGAGCAAGGAGCGGGCUGCAACAGCAAUUGCAGAUAAUAGUGAUUCAGCUCGCAAAUGUAAAGAAAACUUCAGGGCAAAGAUGGCUACAUAUAUUGUGUCUGUUCUAAAUCCAUAUAGGAAAGAUGAUUGUAAGAUUGGAAGAAUUACAUGCAAUGAAGAUUUCAAGUAUUUAGCACGGAAGCUAACACACUUCGUCAUGAUCAAGGAGUUGAAGCAGUUACAUAGUGUUGAAGAUCUUGAAUGCAACGACAGUGUAAAGUACAAGACCAAAGAUUUUGUCCGGAAAUACAUGAGCAAGUAUGGCCAUGAAUUCAAGAGAGAUCCAACAGAUACAAAGGAGUAUUAAUAAGAUGUGAAUGAGAAUAAUGUUGAGUGUCAAAUGUUUCUGCCAAGUUACCUGAAACUGGUGUGUUUGGUAUUGAUAUAGGAUUUUCAAUUUAGCUACUUUAUACUGUUCUGAAAAUUUAGUAUUUUUUAACAUGUUCUGUGAAAUACGAAAGUUCUUCAAAAUACCCAGUAUGCUUCACCGAAGUUUUGGAUUGAACAAUAGCUUUGAAAUGGCAGUGGUUUGUAAGAAGAUAUGGUUAUGGAAAGGUUCUAUGUAAAUACAGUAUAUGUGUAUAGUGAAUUCAUGGGGUAAAGUUUCAUUUGCACCCAUCUAGCAGUUUGCAGUUGAUAAGUGUGUUAUGCUUUUCAUCAAAAAUAUACAUCAGUGUCUAUUUAAAUGCAAUACAGUAUUGAAUAGAUAUUGGCCACCAGUUUUGCUUUGUAGACUAACUCUUUGAUUGUAAGGGUAAUAUAUGUGUAAAAUUAGAGGGAAUUUUUUUAAUAUACCCCAUAUUUGUAGCUCUGAAAAGUACAACCAUUUCAUAUUGCAUUGUUAAACGAAUUUUGAAACAGUGUAUAUUUGUUAAUUGAGAAGUGGUUUUAGGUUAUGGAAAAUGAGUCAUUGGUACAUAUCGUGAAUUUGUUUUAUUUUUUAGACACUAUUAUUUAAUUUUGGUAUAUAAUACUUAGAAAAAAUAAUAUAUGGCACAUUACAUAUGAAACAGUGUUAUCAAUUUCUGUGCAUCAAGUAAGAUUGGACAGAUUUGUUAAUUUUGAAAUGUGCCAGGAUUUUGAUCUCUGAUAGGACUUGGGAUUUAUUGAUACAUAGAUUAUAUAUUAUAGGACACAUUAAGGAUGGACACUGCCAAAGAUGCACGUGUAAUUUUAAUGAUGAACAUGAAGUUCUGAAGUAAGUGUAAUAGUUUUGUAGUGCUAGACAUUCAUCAUUAUUCUGAUUUUUUCUUUAGCUAAUUUUAUUUAUAUAUCAUAUAUGUAGGCGUAGCCAUUUCAGUCUUUCUUUUAGUGUGUUACAUCAACUUUUACGUUUCAGACAUAAAUACAAGCAUGGUCUUAUUGGGAGGUGUUUUAUCGACAUGUACAGUUUCCAUCAGCAUAUUAAAUUAUAUCUAAUCAAUACCUCAUGUACAUAUGCAGUUGUACAGGCUAUUUCAAUUAUGCAGACAGCUGUAUUUUGAAGGCAUUAAAUGUUUUAGUUUUUUAUUGCAUUAUAUAGAUGUUAACAUUCAAGUUUUGUAUGUAGCACUUACCACACAGGUUAUUGUUAUGUUUCUGACUAAUAAUCAGUUAAUUGUGUUUUUUAUUGUAUUCCUGGAAUACACAUGCCCUGUGAUGAUAUUAGCUUUUAGGUUAAUUAUAGGACUAAAUGUACAAAGAUCCCCAUAGUGAAGUUUAAAUAUGAUAAGAUC